CGUCAUACUGAGAGUCUGUGUGAGUUCGCCGGUGUGGACAGCAACUUUGUGGCUUUUACCGUAACCAUAUGCAGACAAGCAUGCAGGAGAAAAUAAUAGAUUCUUCCCACUCAUACUCAGAAGAGAACAUCUCACCAGCCGUCUCUAUGGCUCUCAAGCGCCGCGCUGUGUUGCUGCUGCUGUGUGUUUUCCACUCAGCCUCCGCGAGUGUCGUAGCUGACUUGGACAUGGACUACGGUGGAGUUCCUGUGCGGAUCAACCGUCUGCUUGGUGAGCCCAGUGUGACAAGCCUGCAGGAACGGAUGGACGCAGCCUGGUUCCGAGCCAACAACCCCCAGGCCUGCCCUCUGCAGUGUGACUGCCCCGUCCAAUGGCCCACGGCGCUCUACUGUGACCACAGAGGCCUGGCGGACAUCCCUGACAGCCUGCCCAACAGAACUCAAUACCUUUUUCUUCAGGCCAACAACAUCUCGUCCUUGUCCUCCUCUUUUCUGACCAAACGUACUGCUCUACGCUGGCUCAUCCUGGACCACAAUCAGCUGCAGGACCUGGUCCCGCUGCAGACCCAGGCCCAGAUGUACUACUUUUUUGCCAACCACAACCACCUGCGAUUGGUGCCAAGCACUCUACCCGCUGGACUCAAGGAGCUGCGACUGGCCCACAACCAAAUCAGCAGCAUUAGUCCUGAAGCUUUCCAGAACCUGCAGAACUUGACACUGUUGCUGCUGCAGGGAAACAGACUGCAAACCAUCGUGGAGGGAGACCUCAAAGGUCUUUUCAGUCUGUACCUGCUGGACCUAAGUGGGAAUUUGUUCUCGGCUGUCCCCAGGCAUUUACCCUCUUCUGUCCAGCAGCUCUAUAUGUCCAAUAACACUCUCCUCGGGCUGGAGGAAGACAGUUUAGGGGGAUUUCUCAACCUCAAGUAUCUUCGGCUAAGUCGCUGUGGUCUUGAGAGCAGCAACGUCCACCAGCAAGUCUUCAACUUCACCAGCUUGGUGGAACUGGACCUUUCUUAUAACAAACUCCAAACCAUUCCCACAGUCGCCACCGCUCUGCAGUACCUCUACCUGGAGGCCAAUGAAAUACAAGAUUUCAAUGUGAACAGUUUCUGCAGACAUUGGGGGCCUCUGUCCUACUCCAAGAUGAAGAUCUUACGAUUGGAGGGAAACCGAUUAUCAUACCAACAGCUGCCAUCCAACUGGGUCUUUUGCCUGCGGGUGCUUGAAAGCAUUUAUAUUUGAUCCACUUCUUGAAUAUGCAACAUGAAAACAAUGAUUUCUGUCGCCAAGUGACAACUUGUCAAACAACUCAGCGUACAGCUACAGCUUUAAGAAUGAAUUAUGUCUUGAAUAUGUAGAAACACACCCAGGCACUCAAGGGCAAACCCACCUUCAUUCCAUUUUGAACAUCAUUUUAUUACAAAAAGAACUGUGACAAAGCCUCUCUGAUGUGCUUCGGUUAAACUGAGCUAUGCUAUGAAAGGCAAAAUUAAGUAGCUUUAGUCAACAAACACGCUGAUCCUCACAUUGAAUAUAAAGAAAAUGUUCUCACAAAGCAAUUGAAAAUUCGGCAAUUUAAAAAAGCCCUUUUCGCUAAAUAUUGGUAAAUUAAAACUUUGAUUUGAAAGUUUAUAGUAUUGUCAUAAAAGGCAAAAUUGGUUUCCACAAUUGUUUUGACUGUAUAUUCCCCCACGUUACCUGCUGACGUGCACACUUCCCUUGCACUCAUUGCGCUUCCUCGGAGUCUUCCACAAGCUGCUUGGCAGCUGUGAGUAGCAACAAUAGCCACGUUGGUUGUUACCACUCAUGCCAAGUUCAGAGAAAUUGGAAAGACGAAAUACUCAAGGGACAGAUCCCUCUUCAAGCUGCAGACGUUUCUGUCAUGGACCACUUGACAUUUAACAUUUAACUUCCUGUUGCAAUAAAGAACCCUGGAGGAC